AUGUUUUAGAAUUGUGACUAAAAAUAAAAUAAUUAACAACAACUAAGAUAAAGUCUUUAUCAAAAAAUAGUCCUAAUCAUCUAGAACAGCAACAUUUAUAAACAACGCAAAGAAAUAUUUAAAAUUUUAUUCUAAUCUGUAAGUGUCAGCUCAAAUGCUUUACUAUUGACAAGGAUUCGCAUUACUUAACUCAUCAAUUUUUGCUUUUCUUUUGAUUAAACUUUUAAGUUUGGAUGCAGUAGCGUUUUUGCACAUCUGAAUUAAAUGCAAGAUAUUGGGUCUAGUUUAUAAGAAGAGCACUAUGAAAAAAAUUUAGAGUAAAAUAUGAAUUAAGAAUAAAUCUUAGGUUUUGUCUAAAAUUAAUUCAAAAUGGACUCUAAUAGUUUGUUAAAUACUUUGCGCAUCAUAGCCCCAAUCUACUUGAUUAUGAGCCUUUGUUUUAAUAUUAUAGAGUUAGCAAAUAAAAAAUAAAAAAUAGAUAUAUUAGUGCUUUUUUUAGUUUUAAUUACUGUUUCAGAUUUAAUUUUCUUUAACUCUGCAUACAGUUUCUCAAACUUAAAGCCAAAUCGCUUUGAUUCUGAACUUUUUAAUUCAAAUAUAUCAACAUACAAUAUGUAAUUUAUAAGUUCUAAAGAUUAAGAGAUUUUGCAAUAUGCAUAGAGCAAUAUCUUCUUAAUUGCAAACAGGGCAAUUAUUGCUUAUUGCUUGAUAACAAGAAUUGUUGCUUUAUUAAUCAACUCUAUUAAGCUUUACAAAAAUACUAAGGUGCUUUAAUCUGCUAAAGUUAGUUCGAAGAAAAUUUAAUAAGCGAUAAAAUUAUCACCAAGGAAAGAAACUACUUGCAAAAAUAAUAAAAAAUAAGGAGAACAAAUUUAAAAAGAUGGAAUAAAUAAUCAAAUACGAAAGAACUCACUUAAAACAAGCAAUACUAAGUCAAACUCUACAAUCUAAGAUAUCAAAUAAACAUAAAAAGCUGAUAACUCCUCAAAAAAACAGAAAAAGUAAAAACACAACUAAACAAGUACUCAGCCUCAAUUACUCAAAGAAAAACAAGAAAAUUUAGAUUUAAUUAAGAUUGAAACAAAUGACACUCUUGAAGUAAUUAACAACUCUCCAAAAUAGAAUUUAAAUAAGAAAAGUAAAGGUACCACAAAAAAUGUUGUAAAAAGCAAUUUCGAUGUAAGUGCUGCUCCAUAAGCUCAAGAUAUUAUACAAAGUUAAAAAAGUACUCAAGCAACUGAAGUGGUCUAAUUUUAAGUUGAAAAAAAAAAUAAAUCUACCAACUUAAAGUAAAAAGAUGUAAUUUAAAAAAAUAGUGAAUUAGAAACUUUGGGAACUAAUUUAUUAGAUGAAAAUUUAAAAAUCGAUAGUGUAGAACUUAGUGAGAAUCAAAUAGAAAACAAACUUUAAAAAAGUGAAAAGGAAUAAGAAAGCAGCUAUAACUAAUAAGAAAAAAAUGAAAUUUAAAUUUAGUAACAAUAAAUUGAUAUUAAUUAAAUUUCUAAGAAAUCUGAAAUUUAAAAUUAAAAUUCUCAGAUUUACUUAGAUUCUUUUUAAAACUCAUCUACAUGUUAAAUACCUGAAAUUUAAUCUUCAGAACUAUAACAGAGUAUUAAUUCAAUUAAAUCUAAUAACUUAAUCAGCUCACCUGACAUAAACAGUACCAAAUCUCCUGAUAUGAAUUGUUCCAUUAUUUCACCUAUUAUUGGUUAAUCAAACUAGAAACAAAAUGAUACUUAGAAUAGGAGUGAUAUAUUGAGAUAGAAUUCCUAUGAAAGCACUGAUUUUUGCUUGAAUGAAUAGACUAAACCAUAACCAUAGCAAGUGAGUAUGAAUUUCUCUUAAUCCCAAUUAAAUGAAGAAAAUUCAAUCAAUAAUUCUAUAAGUCUCCAAUCAAAUUUAAUUAAUUAACAAUAAUAAUAAUAACAAGAGGUAAAUAGUAGUGAUUAAAAUAAAUUAAAUCAAUAGCUUGGAGACUAAUUAAUUAUUGAACAAGUUAACGAAGAGCUUCGCAAAAAGUGGAUAUUGAAGCAAAAAGCAGCUAAAUUAUAGAAGAAGAACCUUAAUUCUUCAUCAACUACUCUCUAAAGUAUUCAAGAAAAUUCUAUUCAUAACAAUAGUAACUUUAUCAACUAGAGUUAAUUAAGCUAGAACGAUAAUAAUCUAUCUUACAUCUAGGGAGGAAACAAUUAUUAAUCUCAUAACAAUAACCUAUCAUCUCACGACUAGUAAUUCUUGUAAGAUGAUUUGGAUAUUUCAACAAACGAUGAAAGUAACUUUAAUUCUAUUAAUUCAAAUUAUGAUGGUUAGAUGAAUACAAAGCAAAAUAAUAAUACUACCAAUCUCAAAAGUCUAUCAUAGCACCUUUUGAAUUAAUAGGCUUAAUUCACACUCGCUCAAAAACAAUAGUAAUAAUAUCAAUAACAAAUUUCUUAACAAGACUAUAUAAGAAAUAAUGCAUAAUAGCAUUUUGAAUAAACUGGGUUCAAUGAUAUUUUAAAUUAAGAAACUUAAUGCUAUUACUAGAGCUAUGCAGAAUAAUAAUAUCAUGAAGAAUAAUAUUACAGUUCUGAUAAUAUAUCUCGAACUCCUAGCUCUCGAACUAGUGGACUUCGAACUUGUGGCUCAAAAAAUGUUCAAUUCAAGCAUAAUUAAUACUUUGAAGAUAGUUACUAAGACCCUUCUUAGAAGUGCUUUGAAGAGUUUGUAAAAAUGAAUUAAUGCAACAUUAAUAAGUAACAAUAUGGUUAGAAUGGUGGCUAGUAAAAUCAGCAAGGGCAACAUCCAUUUUAGUUUUAUUACGAAGAUGAAGAGCAGUGCUAGGGCUAAGAAAGCAAAACACCUUUUGAAAUCUUUUAUGACUAACAAUGCAUGAUCGAUGAAGAUUAUGAUGAAGAGGAGGAAUUAGAUUAGUUCUAAGAAAAUUUUGAAGAUGAUGAUGACGACGAUGAAGAUGAUGAAGAAUAUAACGAAGAUGAAGACGAUGAUGAUGAAGAUGAGGAUGAAGAAGAAGAAAAUUAAAAUACUAAAAACUAGUUUAAGUUAAACACCAAUGGUAAAGGAGCCAGCAACGAUUAGAUGAAAUUCUUAAGUUUAAAUAAAAAUGCAGGUUUCAAUACUUAUUAAGAAUGCGGCGGUGUUGAGUCUAUAACUGAUAACAAUAGUACUCUCAUAUAAAGCUAGUUAUAAAACACUGAAAUUUAUUCACUUGAUGAGUUGAAAUCUCAUCUUGGAGACUAUUUAGAUAUGAUGAAUGAUAGUUAAUUAACUAACAAUGACAUGUGUAUGAAAAAGUGUGAUUUGAAUUUAUCGAUGUCAGGAACAUAUACAGCUUCUGAAGAUGGGGCUAAAAUCAAGAAGAAAAAGAAGAAAUCAAAAGAAUAAAAAAGAAAAAGAAGAUGCAAAAGAAAGCUCAAAAAGAGAUUAGAGCGCAGUAUGAUGGAAAGUGAUACUCAAAGUGUAUUAGGAAGCGAAAAAACUGAUCUUAAUAAUUCAAUUAAUCCCGUAGCUAUUCCCUCUACUGUGGCCAAUACCAAAAAGAAAUAAAAUAAUAAUAAAAACAAUCAAAACAAAAACCCAAGAAAAAAACAAGGUAAUAAUAAUAAGUUAUUCUAUGGAGAUCAAAUGACAAACCAGUUCUCAAAUUGUAGUGGCUACAGUUUAAAGAGAAUGCUUGAUGAAAACUUGCUGGAAUAUUUUACUUUUACAGUUACCUUAUCACAAGGAGUGGCAGUAAACAUCUAUAUAACUGAUUUCUAUCAAUUUGACGAGCAAUUUGAAAUGUAGUCUUGCAUCUAUGGAAUAGACAGCAGUACUAUUUUAGAUUUAAAAAUCAAUCUAAUUUUUGAAAUUUUGACAUAAAACCUUUAUCCUAAUAUGAAUAACUUCUUUGAGCACUUGAUCGGCAAUUACUCAAUGGCUAAAAUGCCAACUAGCUUUACCUAACAAAGUCUCAAAAAGUACGUUUCUUAAGAUUCUUCUGAACUAACUGAAAUGGCCGAUUAGUAUUUAGUUGAAAGUAACUUAGCUGCUUUUCUUACUGAGAGCAUGCACAAUAAUUUCAGUUAAGAAAGCAAUUUCUAUGAUAGUUAACUAAUUUUGUCAUAAUGA